CACCGAAAGAUAGAAUGAGCGAUGGUCUAACCUUGGUUGCGUUUGAAUUAUAACCUCUUUCAAAUGAGCAUACAAAAUUAAAUUGCAUAAAUUCUGCACUAAAAAUAGCCAUCGAUUAGGCUCACAGCUCUUAUAUUCUUUUUUUAAAAACACACGGGAAGUCACGUCACUGCUGAAGACAGAGAAGUCGGUCAUGUUCGUAGAAUCAAAACCGAAAGCACGAAGGAAAUGGCUCCCUCUUAACGCAUACAAACAAUGAACUCUGAGGAAAAGCUCAAGAUACAGAUAAAUUAUUGUUAUCUGGUGAACGAACUGCGCACUGAUGAUGUCGUGGAUAAUCUGUUCACGGAAUGCGUUAUCGAUCAUGAUGACAUGCAGCGUGUGAAUGCUGAGAAAACAGACAGAGACAAAGUCAAAUGUUUGAUAAGUAUUUUGUAUUCCAAAGAAAACGCUUUCGAACCUUUCUUAAAAGAAUUGGGACAACUUCGGCCUGAUGUUAAGGAAAAACUGCAGUCUACAGAUAUUGAGGAAGAACUAAGGACAGAAAUUAAGAAGAGGAGGGAAUUCUUGAGCGAUGUGAUACGAAAAAGAUACUGUCUGAGAGAUGGAAAGUCUGUUGCAGAGUCAGAUCUUCUCUGGGGAAUUGAACUUGAAUAUUGGAAGAAUGGGAAAGGGGUAAUGCCACAAGAUACUAAGACGGACUUAAUGGAAUGCAUGAAACUAUUGUUUCCAACAGCAAUUAGAAAGAAGAUAGCAAAAAAGCGUAAGAAAGUAUGGAAAUAUUGCAACCUAGACAGACAAGAAGCGGAAUCAUCAGAUGAAGAUGAAGAAAGCGAGAUUGUCACAGAGAAAGAAAUAAAACAAGAUCGAGGUGGUGUUCUUUGUUUAUUGGAUACCCAUAUUCUCUUCAAAGAUGUAAAAGCAUCUGAAAUGAAACUAGUGCUUGCACCAUAUAUGGAGAAAGAAGGAAUUGAAGCCGUUCAUUUAGAAGUCUUUGACCGACAAAAAAUAGAUGGACAACUUUUUUCAGAAUUUGAUAUGGUAGACUUGGGGCAAGCAUUUGGAGACAUGCCAGUUGGAGACAGAAAAAGACUGCAGAAAAUUGUUCAGUCAAUUUUAAAAGAAGAGUUAGAAAAAGGUCCCUUUCUUCUAAUUCCAGCCAUGGAUUCAGAAACAACUGGAGAAAAAAUUGGUGGUGUGACUAAAACUCAAUAUUAUUCAAAAAGAGCUGUUAGUGAAAGUGAAGAAGGUGACUCUGAGACGAAGUUUAAAGAAAUAUUCCGUACCUUUGAUACUCGAGUAAAACCAUCAGAUGCCUAUAGAAAGCAUGCAGUUUUCAGAACAAGUAACUUUCAUAUCUCUGACUUGAUAGAACCUUUGCAUUGCUUCAGACAAAGGGAUGACCUAGAUCACUCCUCACUGCUGACAUGGAUUGCAGAGGAAACUAUCAGAUUUGCAGGAGCUUGCUUUUCUGACAGAACAAAUGGUACUGUGCACUUUGGUAUUGCUGAAAAUACUAAUAAAGAUGGCAUUUUGGAAGGAAAGGUAGUGGGUUUGCAAAUCAAUCAAUUAAAAUUCAUGGAGGUUUUCUAUCAAGAAAUUCAACAAGCCUUCUACAAGGACCAGCUUGGUAUUGUAUUACAAUGCUUAAGACCUCCCCAGUUUGUACAUGUGCAGAGCAAAAUGUUGACGGAAGAAGCAAUGUCACCUCUAUUUGUUGUUGAAAUUGAUAUUGUACCAAGCUACAGCCUAACAAACCAUGAUACUUUCUACAUUCGAGAGAAAAAGGAAAAAGAGGUUAUCCCUAGAAUUUACAAAUUUGACAAAAACAUCCCAAAAGCUUUGAGGGAUGAUGAAUUUAAGAAUUACAUGACAACAAAAUCCAAAAUAGCAGAACAUAGAAAUUACAAGGAGAAGACUGCUUUGCCAUCAAAGACUGAUGGAACUUUGCGAGACCAGUUCCUGAAUUUUUAUACAGCUGGAAGUGAAAAACUUACCAAUGAUAUUUAUCCCAUCCUCUUUCUCAGCCCCUUAGAUAGUGCAAUGAGUGAAGAUUUUGUGUCUGAUAAUUUUGAGUUUUUGCUCAACAUGGAACCAACUGCAAUAUUUGAUUUUCACUCGAGUCUGGAUGGGAAAUGUUUGUACAAUUUUGUAGAAGCUGAUCUAGAAAGAGUCGUUAAAGUUUACACCACAGAUAAUUUUGACAGAAACAGUGAGGAAAAUGCCAAUAAUCCUGAUAGUUUAAACAAUGUUCUUGAGGAGUUAAGAACGAGUCAACUCAAACCUUGGAUUUUUUGCAAUGGGUAUGAACCUCUUGAGAAACCUCCACUAAACAGGCUAGAAUGGAAGAAAAGAAGAAGUGAAGGCUUCAAAGAAGUAACCAGAUUUUUACAGCAAGAAAUACCCAAUGAAAGGGCCCUCAUCGUGUUUCUUAUUCUCUCCAAGAAUUAUGACAUCAUGCUUGAGGUUGCAGAGGAAGUCAUUUUGAAAUUUCAGAACCAAUGGAUUGCAAUGUCAGAAAAUGAAAGAUUGAUGGAGAGCUGGCAAGAAGAAUUAUUGCGAAGAGAUAGUGUAGACAAAAAGACCUUGAUUGAAAGGUGCAUCAUUGGGUUACCUUGGAAACAUGUAAACAACAUUGUGAAAGAAGUAAGUACUUUGUUACCUAUGAUGUCAAAAUGCCAGCUACCAACAUCAGCGGGGGCUUUCUGUUAUCUGAAAGAAAAAAUCCGGAAUGAACUUUGUGAUUUGGAAAUUCUCAGCAGUAGUGAGUGUGAAAUUGAUGAGAUUUGCAGUGAUACUCAUAAAUUAGAAAUGCAUCGGCAGUAUGUGGAGGAAAAAUUUUACAAAGGAGGACAUGUGACUUGGUGGAAUCUUUACUUUGAAGACAAUCAUGUAUUAAGACGAAGUCAACAAGAAAAGAUACAAGAGGGUGUUGAAAAACUUCUUGAGCGCAGAGUUGAAGACACUUGGGUACCGUGUUUCUACCUGUUUCAUCAGCCAGGUGCUGGUGGGACCACUACAGCACAUCAAAUUUUAUGGCAAUUUAGGAAGAAAUACAGAUGUGCUUUGAUUAGAAAAGUAACCGAUCAAACGUGCGUUCAACUAGAUAGAUUGAGAUUCUUUGAAGACCCAGACAAUCCCAAGCCACCGAUCAUUCUUAUUGAUAAUGGUGAUGAAGAGAAAGUACGGGAUUUACAUGCUCGUAUGGAACAUAGAGCUCGAACAUCCGGCAAAAGUGAUGCAAAAAGAAUCUACUGUCUCUUACUUCUCUGUAUUAGACGUGCAAACCUUCCCAUUUCUACUGAUAGUCAUACAGUUCAACUAAAACAUGAGUUGACUGCAAAGGAGCUUGAGUGGCUGAGAAGAAAGUAUCAAUCCCUGGAUGAAAUGUACAAGAACAAUAAAGGAGUGGAUCCAAAACUUCUUAUAUCUUUCAAUAUUUUGAAAGAAAAUUUUGAUUCAAAUUACAUAGAACGCACAGUAAAGGAAUUUGUUGAUAGCAUUAAUGUUGAAAAGGAAAAGUACCUCAUCAAGUAUUUGUCUCUGAUCAACUCUUAUGAUAUCGAUUUUCAGUCAGUACCUUUGAGUGCAUUUGAUACUAUGAUGGAUGAAAGAAGAAGCAACACAAUUUUGUCGAUGGGCAGUGUUACAGGGAGACGAUGCCAUCCAUCAAAUUUGUGUAGGAAUUGGGAAAGCACUUUAAGCCAGUCAACAGUGGUAUUGCUGAACAGAAAUGCAAGAGUUUCAGCAGGUGUGCAAGUACUGUCUAUUGUUAGUAAACUCUUUGCAAAAGCUAUACUUGAUUACAUUGUCCGAAAAGAGAAUCUUUGCAUUGGUGAUGUUAUGAUCGAGUUCUUGAAGCACCCCCUCUUCUUGGUGGAGAAUGCAUCAACAAGGCAACUUAAGAAAAUUGUUCAAGACGUCUUGAAAAAGAGAGAAUUCACAGUAGACCAAAAGAAAGAAAUGUUCUCUCCAGUUAUAUUGAAAGUGGAAGAAAAGGAGGGGAAAGACAAGGCAGCAGCUGUUCUUGAGACUGGUUAUGAGAAAACAAAAGAUCCCAUGCUAGCACAACAGAUAGCUCGAUUUUACAUUCAUGUUGGAAACUGGGAGAAGGCGGAGCAGUUUGCAAAAUUAGCAGUGGAUAGCAAACCUGACAAUUCCUAUCUUUGGGACACCUAUGGUCAGAUAUACAAAAGGAGAUUAACAGACAAAUAUAAAGAAUAUAUUGCGGAUUCAGAAGCUCCCAAUGAUGUAGAAAUACAGGAGAUUUUAAAACUAGCUAUGAAGGGGAUAGAGAAAUUUUCCAAGGAACAGAGAGUCAGUGAGAAAUCGCAUUUUGGUAGGGAAAAUGAUGCAGGGUACUUUGGAGAAGUACGCCUCAUCGUUCAACUUCUUGAUUUGAUGUAUCUGUGGUUUCCUGAAAAAGACAGCAAAUCAAAUUUACAUACCUACCUGGUGAAACUGAGCAAUCCAAGGGAGUUUGACAUUUUUUCAGAAGAGAGUCGAAAAUUCCUGAACAAUCUCCAAAAUCGCUCGGAGAAGACAAUGCAAAUUAUAGAAGACAAACUUGCUCAACUGAAAAGUGAAAAAGAAGGGGAAAUUUUUAAACUGAAUACAACUUACAAUCCACGACAUGAGCUUGUUCAGCUCAGAGAGAACCUGGACAAUUAUCUGGGGGAACAAACUGGUGAAAUACCUAACCAUCUGACACCAGAUUCGAGAGCUUCUUUCAUAAGACGAAGAGUUGUGCGCUUAGGUGGUAGAUCUUCGUCGAGUAUCUUAGAUUUAAGGCACAAACCAAAAGGAGAACAACACUUGGAAGAAAUGGCUUUAAAGCUCUUGGAAAACACAAAGUCCCUAUUUGCGGGGGUUUUUGAUUUUGUUACGUUAAUAACGGUGAAGCUUGUUCAAAACAUGUCUGUAGAAACCAUUCGGGAAGAAGACUUUAAAAAUCUUGUUGAAUGGAGUAGGAAAGCAUAUGAGAUGACGUUACAGAUUGGAGAGAAUGAACGGCCACAUUUGGAAGCGUUUAUGUACUUUGUGAUGAUUCAUUGGCCAACCGAGAACAAAAGGAAGUAUAGAUUAAGCCCUGUCGAGACUGUUCAAGAUGCAAUAAAAAGAUGGAAAAAUGCAUUCUACAAAAAUCAUCCAAAACAGAAAGAUGAACCUUUUCGUCGUAGAGAAACAACUUACUAUUUCCUCGGAAAGGGAGACAAAGUUAAGGAGAUUGUAUAUUCAAAAGAGUUGAGAUGUAAACAAUCAUACUUGGAUGGAGAAGCUUUAUGGCGGUCACAACCUGUGAAAGACAUGCUUCAACAACUUAAGGGGACAUUACUUAAUGAUGGCUGGGAAAUAUUACACACUGUUAUCAGUCAAGGUGGAAAUAAGUCUUUCAUUAAAGUUAGAAAUUCACACCCAAGCCCAAGGAGUUUGUGGCAAAAGAGCGUUGUAUUCUACCUAGGGUUUGGUUGGAACGGACCCAAAGCAUAUAUACAGACAGACCAAUACUCACAGGAUGAAGCGGUGUCUGGCCAAAUGCAAGAAGAGGAGGGGGGAAUCGUCCCUCACAUAAAACAACCAUCAAAUCCUGGGAAGCAAACCAGGGAAACAUGGCAAGAUGUAGCCACCCACGAGGCGUACCUAAAUACCCUAAGGAAAAUCAAAGUCCAGUUAAAAGAAAUUGAAAGAUUAAAGAAAACGAAAAAUCUAACUCAAAAACAGAGAGAUAUUAUGAGAAAAGAGCCACGCCUAGUGAAAGAACGGGAAGACUUGCUCAGGAGAAGAUGUGAAUUUGUGGAUCGCAACUGAAACUUCUCGGUGAUGAUUUUGAAAAUCCGGAAUUUGUUGAAUCUUUAUGAUUCUGUGAAAUCAUUUUUGAUGACUUAACUGGUAUGGUGGUGUUUGUUGAAAAUGGUGAUUAUUAUCGCUUGAUCCAAAAACUUGUUUCGACAUAAUCUUCUAUAGGGACAUUGAGGGUAUUUUCAUAUUUAAGCGUUUUACUUUUAAACACGACUGUGACGAGAAAGAAUAUGGUGGUAUCCUGCUUUCUUCAACCCUCAUGUACAAUGUGGUGGUGGAUAUGGAUUUACUUUACCAUUCGUGAAGAGGGUAUGUUCCUGGCCCAUCAGUCCCGUUUAUGUCAUCACAACUCCUCUAAAACCACAGAACAGAAAGUUAUGUAACUCUGUAUUUGAUUAGGUCAUACUCCCUAGAUGUGCAUAUUCACAGUCAGAUCUUCUGUCAUUUCAUUUCUAUGGGAGUCGUGCCGCACACUUUUGAUCAUACAAAUUUGAUUCCUGUAUCCAUCUAUGUACUCAAAAAUGCAUAAUGAUAGAGUAAUGUAAGUUUCAUAUGCCCACCAUGCUGUUAUUCAAAUUAACAAGAAAAUGUUAAAGGCAGUGUGUUGUAUUUGAUGAAUAGCAUUGUUAUUCAUUGUGUGUAGCAUUGCCAUUAUGUGUAGCAUUAUCGUUAUGUGUAGCAUUGUCAUUUAUUAUGUGUAGCAUUGUCAUUUAUUAUGUGCAGCAUUGUCAUUCAUUACAUACAAUUUUGUCAUUACUUUGUACAACAUUGUCAUUCAUUGUGUACAAUAAUGUCAUUCAUUGUGUACAACAUUGUUAUUCAUUGUGUACAACAUUGUCAUUUAUUGUGUACAACAUUGUCAUUCAUUGUGUACAACAUUGUCAUUCAGUGUGUACAACAAUGUCAUUCAGUGUGUACAAUAUUGCCAUUCAUUGUGUACAGUAUUGUCACUCAUUGUGUACAACAUUGUCAUUCAUUGUGUACAACAUUGUCAUUCAUUGUGUACAACAUUGUCACUCAUUGUGUACAACAUUGUCAUUCAUUGUGUACAAUAUUGUCAUUCAGUGUGUACAACAUUGUCAUUCAUUGUGCACAAUAUUGCCAUUCAUUGUGUACAAUAUUGCCAUUCAGUGUGUACAACAUUGUCAUUCAUUGUGUACAACAUUGUCAUUCAGUGUGUACAGCAUUGUCAUUCAAUGUGCACAAUAUUGCCAUUCAUUGUGUACAACAUUGUCAUUCAGUGUGUACAAUAUUGCCAUUCAUUGUGUACAACAUUGUCAUUCAUUGUGUACAAUAUUGUCAUUUAUUGUGUACAAAAUUGUUAUUUAUUGUGUACAAAAUUGUUAUUUAUUGUGUACAAUAUUGUUAUUUAUUGUGUACAAUAUUGUCACUCAUUGUGUACAACAUUGUCAUUCAUUGUGUACAAUAUUGCUAUUUGGCCUGUGGAGCUAUCUAGCUUUUCUGUAUUGUUUAAACUUCUCAAGUUUGACGUAAAUGAUAAACUCUUUCAUUCAAGACGAAACGGAAGUUAAUUGUUUCAGCUGAUAGAAUUAUAUGAAUUAAGACAAUAAAUUUUUUCGUAAUUACUGUACUAUUUAAAUUUCAUCACAUAAGAUCAGAGAAUACAGUCUCAUAACAAUGUCUCACAAAGCUUUUGUUAUUCUAUUCAUAUAUAUGUAUAUGCAGUGAUAUUUAACACACACAAAAACAAAGUGUGUCUGUUUUACGAGAGGGUUGGGUACCGCCAAAAAAAAAGUACCGCGGUAUACCAUGGUAUUUGCACAAUACCGCGGUACAUACCACGGUAUACCGCACAUUUUACCUUUAAGUAAUAUGAUUUAAUUUUUAUCGUUUUUUAGUUGUGAUUCAUUGUAUAUAAUUAGCAGGUAAUAGUUAAUUGAUUGCAAAUGGUAUUUAAUUUAUUCGAUGCAAUAUAAAAAGAGAAAUAUA